CGCCUGCCCCGUGACGACGAGAUCCGCCACCCGUUCGUGUUUCUCAAGGAGGUCUGGGACGAUGGGGUCGAGAGGCUCUCGGAGCCGCAGCAGGUGAAAGGGCUGCUCGCGACGCUCGACCGCAAGACACAGUCGCUGCAGGUCACAUACUUUCCAAAUUACGAAGAACAAGACGAAAUACAGUGGCCGAUCGCCAAGAUUGUGAACAAGAAGGAGGAGCACCAGAGGCUGCAGCACGAGAAGGAGGAGCGCAAGAAGAAGGCAGCAUCUAACAAGGAAAAGGAGCUGGAAAUCAACUGGUCGCUGACGCCGCAUGAUCUGGAGCACAAGGUGAAGAAUCUGCAGAGGUUCCUGGCCAAGGGAUGGAAGGUGCAGGUGCUGCUGCUGAAGAAGAGCGGCACGAAGGCUCAGGCGAAGGAGAAGGAUGCCCAGAUACUGGUGGACAGGAUACUGGAGGCUGCAGCUGAGGUCAAGGGUUCUAAGGAGUGGAAGGGAAGGGAAGGCAAGUUGUUGGGCAGUUUGAAGCUCUUCCUGCAG